AGCUGCUGAAUCCACGGAAGGAUCGGACUUUGCCUUGAUUCAUUCACUUGGUGUCAUCACCAGUCAUUUUCACAACACCACGUGGGAGUGGCGAAAAGCAGAAUCCUCUGGCCUCCUGUGAACCAAACUGUUGACAGAUCUUUGUUCCUGUCCCUCCUUUGUCUGGGCCCUAGAGACCAACCAGAGCAGCUCCACAGCAGGCCAGGCUACUCUCCAGAUUCGCGCACUCUCCAAGGCUUCCAGCUCCAGUUCCAAGCUCCCCAUGGCGGCGACGCUGAGCCUGGAGCCCGCGGUCCGCAGCUGCUGGGACGAGCCACUAAGCAUCGCCGUGCGCGGUCUGGCCCCCGAACAGCCCGUCACGCUACGCGCCGCCCUGCGCGACGAGAAAGGCGUUCUCUUCCGCGCCCACGCGCGCUACUGCGCCGACUCCCACGGCGAGCUGGACUUGGCGCGCGCGCCCGCGCUGGGCGGCAGCUUCGCGGGGCUCGAGCCCAUGGGGCUGCUCUGGGCCAUGGAGCCCGAUCGGCCCUUCUGGCGCUUGAUCAAGCGCGACGUGCAGACGCCCUUCGUGGUGGAGCUGGAGGUGCUGGACGGCCACGAGCCCGACGGCGGGCGGCUGCUGGCGCGGGCGGUGCACGAGCGUCACUUCAUGGCUCCCGGGGUGCGCCGCGUGCCCGUGCGCGAGGGUCGUGUGCGCGCCACGCUCUUCCUGCCUCCAGGAGAAGGACCCUUUCCAGGGAUCAUCGAUGUCUACGGUGCUGGCGGGGGCCUGUUGGAAUACCGAGCCAGCCUUAUGGCUAGCCAUGGAUUUGCUACACUGGCUCUGGCUUUUUAUGACUUUGAAGAUCUCCCUAAGGAUUUCAACAUCAUGGAAGUGGACUACUUCGAGGAAGCAGUGUGCUACAUGCUCCAACACCCCAAGGUAAAGGGCCCAGACGUUGGACUUCUGGGUCUUUCUCUGGGAGCUAAUAUCUGUCUCACCAUGGCGUCAUUCUUGAAGAAUGUCUCAGCCACCGUUUCCAUCAAUGGCUCUGCAUUCAGCGGAAACCAUCACAUACACUACCAGCAGACCCUGAUACCACCACUGGGCCAUGACCUGAGGAGAGCGAAGGUUGCUUUCUCUGGCAUUCUGGACAUUGUGGAUAUACGGAACGAUCUUGUGGGAGGCUGUGAGAACCCCAGUAUGAUCCCGAUAGAGCAGGCCAAGGGGCCCAUUCUUUUCGUCGCUGGACAGGACGAUCAUUGCUGGAGGAGCGAGCUGUACGCUCUGAUAGCCUCGGAACGGCUGCAGGCUCGCGGAAAGGAGAGACCGCAGGUAAUCUCCUACCCUGGGGCUGGCCAUUACAUUGAGCCUCCUUACUUCCCCGUGUGCCCAGCUUCUCUGCACAAAUUAGUGAACAGAGCUGUGCACUGGGGAGGGGAGGUCAGGGCUCACUCCAAAGCCCAGAUAGAUGUGUGGAAGCAGAUUCUGACCUUCUUUGGCAGACACCUGGAGAGUACCCAGGGCAGAGCUUCCUCUAGAUUGUAGUGCGUUUGUCUGUUAGUAGACAUGGUAGGUUCAAGGUCACACUUUGAUGUUCAGUAACUUCACGUGGAUCAGUUUUCUGCCGGAUAACAUUAAAUUCAUGUUUGGGGCAUUCAUGGUUUAUAGGUCACUUUACUGAAUAAGUUUUUAGUCAAUGCAGUAUUUUACUAACAUAACAUGUGCUUGUGAAAGAUUCAGAUGCAUGUGAUACAAUGAUUAAAGUUUUUAAAAAAGCAGCCCCUUAUUAAAAUGUAUGCUUUCUGUUAA